AUGCAAAAGUAUGAAAAAAUCGAGGAAAUUGGGAGUGGAACGUAUGGGGUUGUUUGGCGAGCAUUAAAUAAAAAGACUGGUGAAGUUGUUGCGGUCAAAAAAUUGUACGAAAAGUAUACAUCAAUGGAAGAAUGCACAAACCUAAUAGAAGUCAAGGCACUUCGCCAGAUGAAUCAUCCGAAUAUCGUAAAGCUCAAAGAAAUCCACAAAGAAAACGACUUCUUGUACUUGGUGUUCGAAUGCAUGGAAUGCAGUCUCUACGAUCGUAUGAAAAAUAUGGCUGCUUUUUCUGAAAGUGAGAUCAGAAACUUGUGCUUUCAACUCUUUCAAGGUCUUGCAUACAUGCAUGGAAAAGGCUACUUUCAUCGCGACCUCAAACCAGAUAACCUUCUUGUUUCCAGUGAUGUGAUAAAGAUUGCUGAUCUUGGUCAAGCUCGCGAGAGCAAUAGGAAACCACCAUACACAGGUUAUGUCACGACGCGCUGGUAUCGUGCCCCUGAGGUUUUUCUCCGUUCUUCUGUACAUGAUCCUGCAGUUGAUAUGUGGGCAAUGGGUGCAAUCAUGGCGGAGUUAUAUACCAAUCAGCGACUGUUUAAAGGUAAUAGUGGCGGAGAAGUAUUUUAUAAGAUCUGCAGUGUGAUCGGAAGUCCAACAGAAAGCAAAUGGAAAUUGGGACUUCAACUUGCGGUUAAUAUGAAUUAUCAGUUUCCAGACCUUCCUGGUGUGCCUCUUGCGUCCCUGUUACCAUCUGCAAGCAGUGAAGCAUUGUGUCUGAUUGCUGCACUUCUUUCUUGGAAUCCAUGCUUGAGGCCCACAGCUAUGGAGGCACUUAAGCAUCCUUUCUUCCACAGCUGCUACCAUGUUCCAUCGCCAAUCCAUCGCAACCAAGACCUACCAUGGAAGAAAGCGUUGUUGACGCAGACAAGAAGUAGGAAAAGCGCACCAAUCGUUUCGGAAAAAGUGAACAAACAAAACCUGAUACGUAUGCUCCAAGAAAAAUUCAUAGUUAAAAGCGGUCGUUAA